AUGCCGCAAAAAUCCAUGAACUGGUUACCCGGCUCUGGGAAACCUGAGCCCGGGGCUGCUCACGCGUGGGCCAUCAACCCGGCUCUUUCCACCGCCAUCUCGUACCAACUCGUCCAGAGGCUCAUAAACGGGGCGUACGACAAGAAUCGAGUUUACUCCGUAAUUAUUUCGUACGACUCCUUGUCAGUAGACCAAAACAACCAAAACGAGCCCCUUUUCUGCCCAAUUUCCGCUCCGCCUCUGUUCCGUAUGACGACACUCUACAUCCCUAAAUGCAGUCUUCGGGAGUCGACGCGUUUUCAACUACACCCUUCCCAUUCGUCCACACUCCGCCAGUCGAACGAGAACCCCCCGAGACAACCGGGAGACGUAUCAAGCUCCUAUCUGCAGACCGGCGCCUCCAACUCGCAUCCCAUUUCAAACAUCGCCUCUCUUGAUACGCUCGUUAACGCGCAGGUGCGGUCGAUUACCCGCCAUUGCAUAAGAGGGGCAGGAUUGACAACAUGA